GGGAGGGCGGCGCGUGGCGCAAGGGCGCCCCCAGAUGAAGGAGCUCGGCCCCGCGCAGUGGGCGGUGCUGCAGGGGCGGGGCUGCCAGGGGCGCGGCGCGGCGCGGCGGGGCCGGGCCGGGGGGUUGGGACGGUUGGGGGGCCCGAGGGUCGCGCCUGCCGGGGACCCCAGCGUGGGGUCCGCACGCGGAUUUCGCUUUCGCUGGGGCGCGGGGGCGGCGUGUCCCGGAACCGCUGCAGGUCCCGGCGAACCCGAAAGCGCGCCUGAGGGCCCGACCCACGUGUCGCCGAGACAGAAACGGGACCCCGGCGUCAGGGAAAGUCCUGGGGCCUGGGAGCCUUAUAAGAAUGGGGCCCCGGCCGCCUCCCAGUCACCGCCCUCACCUGCCGCGGCCGCAGUCCCGUCCAGGAGCGCCCAGCGGCCGCGUCCAGCCCCGAGCCCGCACCGUCCAGCCAGGCCGCCCAGCAUGAGCCCCCAGAGCAGCCUCCUCGUUGUGGCCACUCUGGCCCUCCUGAGCGCCAGCGACCACCUGAGUCUGGCCCCGAGCAUCUUUGUAACCUCCGAGGAGCCAGGCAUAGCCCAGUGCCUCAGCCGCUCGCAGAAGCUGCUCCAGGCUGUCAGCAACACGCUACAGAAGGCCAGACAAACCCUAGAGCUUUACCCUUGCAGCCCUGAAGAAACUGAUCAUGAGGACAUCACAAAAGAUAAAACCAGCACAGUGGAGGCCUGCCUGCCCAUGGAGCUGGCCAUGAAUGGGAGUUGUGUGACCUCCAGAAAGGCCUCUUCUUUGAUGAAUGGGAGUUGUAUGACCUCCAGAAAGGCCUCUUCUUUGAUGCAGGAUCUAUGUCUUAGCAGUAUCUAUGAGGACCUGAAGAUGUACCAGCUGGAGUUCAAGACCAUGAAUGCUACGCUUCUUAUGGAUCCCAAGAGGCAGAUCUUUCUAGAUCAAAACCUGAUGAUGGCUAUUGGGGAGCUGAUGCAGGGCCUGAAGUUGAACAGUGAGAACACGUCACAAAACCCUGCCCUGGAAGAACUGGAUUUUUAUAAAAUGAAAACCAAGCUCUGCAUACUUCUGCAUGCUUUCCGAGUUCGAGUGGUGACUAUCAACAGAAUGAUGACCUAUCUGUCCUCUUAAAAGGCUGUGGUUGCUCCCUGCCUUAAAGUCAUUUUUAUAAAAAUUUGAGCCAAAGAAAUUGAAAGGGGUGUGGCUUAGGAGCAGUGGGUGGGGGGUGGCUGAGUUAGUCCUGCUUCCUCAAGGACAGUAAUUCUCACGCUUGUUUACAGUUGUCACCAUUCCUGAUUUGAAGGGUGGUGACUUGCUGGACACAUGAUGCCUUUGAUCAUGCCCAUUUCACUUUUGCUAUAGAUAUUUUUGUUUUCAUGAGAAAAUUGCUAAGCUGGGAAAGUGUUUUCCGUGAGUGUUUUUCUUUUUCCUUUAAUAGAAGAGCCAAAGUUUAUAAGCUAUUUCUGUACCAGUGUGUUUAUAGAAACACUCAAGCUUAAUUUAUUUUAAAAUAUUUAUUUAUAUAAUAUUGUGUUCAUGGAAGUAUGUGGACUGUUAUAUUUAUUUAAUAUUUAUUAAAAUA